AUGCCCUGGCGAAACUCGGACGCAUACGGCUCGCAGCCAUAUUCCGCCUUUUCUGACCCGAAUGGCUUCAAUUUUACCUUCGAUGUGGGCUCGGACAACUUCAUGAGCCCAUAUGCAUUCCCUCAUAUGUCGCCUGAUUCCGCAUGUCAGUAUACACCCCUCGCUCUAACGCUUUCCCAUGAUCAUCAUCCGUCCACCAUGGAUCUUCUCUUAUCAUCUCCAAGUACCCCAAGAUACUCAUACAGUCUCCCAGGGACACCAACUUCGCAGCAGUUCGCUACAUCAGCGCAGUCAGAUUCCUUGUCUCCUUUAGAGAUCAACAACUUCACAUCCCCUACCCAGGAUCAGGAUCUCCACUAUGCGCCAUCUACAAAUCCUUCUGCGCAUUCUGAUGGGAGUUCUCUGGCGGCUUUCUCCGUUCGCCAGUCUUACGUAGACCAACAGAAGCCCUCGACACAGCUACUUGAUCCCAGUGACCUGUCUCACGGUCAAAAACGUAACGCUUCAUUUUUGGACUUUGAAACUUCUCAGGCCUCUACCGAACGUAACGGCGACCAACAACAGAGCUUGACCACCUCUUCGACAUCAUCCCCGGCUGUGGCUAUCAAAUCACGACAGAGCUCUAGCGCUGGUAGUCCCGAGGACGCCUCUCAAACUUCUGACGCUGCUGCUGCUCGCGUCCGCACAACAGAUUCUGCCAAAGUACGACACAAUAUCGUAGAGCGACGAUAUCGCGAGAAUAUCAAUGCACAAGUCGAUGUGCUGCGGGAAAGCAUUGUCGCCACGGUUCUCUCGAAAGAGGAACAGCANGGUGGAACGGCCUCCCGAUUGGGAGCCGACGAGCUCAAAAGACUCACCAAAGCCGCUGUUAUUGCAGCGGCCACGAAACAAAUAAGGCGCGCAAGGACCGAGAAUGAGCGUCUGCUGGACGAACAUCGCUCUCUCCAGGCCCACAUCCGAGAACUCGAGAGUCUGGUCAAGUGCGGAGAUUGUCCGCUUAUGAAGCUGACUGUCGACCUCAGUCUGGAAAGCCCGACUCAGCCACCUUGA